GCCUCCAGCCUUUGACGCCGUCUACCGUUGAUUCAAACUUACCGGAAAAUACCGUUUAUUGCACGGAAAGGAUGACAUGUUGCAUCGCGCAAGUAUAAUUGAGCAACAACAACUUCUGGGUCAUUCAAGCCAAACGCUCAGCUGAGACCGCCGCAUCGCCGACUGCCGUGAACGCAACACAUGAGCGAGCAUUAGCUCAGCAGGGACCGAGCCUGGGAUCGAGAGGAAAGGAAGGCGAAGCCAAACAGGUGGUCUGAAAACGCAGCACAAUGUCGCCCGGCGGGCAGAAGCGGAACGACGCGUAGUCUGUGCUCCGCGAGGGAACCGGACCGCCGCGGAGCCGAACCAGCGCAACCCAUGCUCCCUUUGGAUCCCACACGGAUUUCUCGUCGCCUCCUCUGCUCGCUUUGACGCCGAAUCUUGGCGAGAGCUCGGAUCCUGAACCAUGAAAGUCACGGUGUGUUUUGGCCGCACGCGGGUGGUGGUUCCGUGCGGGGACGGCAACAUCAAAGUCCACACGCUGGUCCAGCAGGCUGUCAUGAGAUACAAGAAGGCGAUCGCCAAGGAUGCUAGUUACUGGCUGCAGGUCCACCGGCUGGAGCACGGGGACGGAGGCAUCCUGGACCUGGACGACGUGCUCUGUGACGUGGUCGACGACAAAGACCGGCUCGUAGCCGUGUAUGAGGAACAGGAGCCCCAUCAUGGGGGCGACGGCGCCAGCUCCACCGGGACCCAGAGCCCCGACCUGUUCGCCGCGGACCUCAGCGCCGGCAGCGGGGCCUCCGCCUUCCAGCCCUAUCAGACGGCCAGCGAGAUCGAGGUCACGCCCUCCGCGCUGCGCACCAACAUGCCGCUCCACGUGCGGCGCAGCAGCGACCCGGCCCUGCUGACGCUCAACGGCCCUUCGCCGGCAACGAGGCCGCCGCACGCGGAGGAGCCGCCGUCCAGGAGGAACCCGACCCGCUGGUCCACCACCGCCGGCUUCCUGAAAGCGCGGCACGGCACCGGCACCGGCAGCCUGGAGAGGAAGGGUAAAGCUCUGGACACGUACCGCAGCCUGCCGCGGGACGCCGGGACCUGGUCCAAUCAGAGGGAGUUCCACCGGGAAACAGCCCGGUCCUCCCUCAGCGCCAACCAUCCCAUGGUGGACCGCUGGCUGGGCAGACAAGAGCAGGAGGAAGACGCCAGAGAGGAGGAGAACGGCCUGAUGGACCCGACGGGCCGCGUGGACUUCUGCGUGGACCACACCCCCGUGAGGUCACUAGAAGACAUUGUCAGACUGGUGGAGGUGUCAAACGACGGCGGGCCCCUGGGAAUCCACGUGGUGCCAUUCAGUGGCAGGGACCGCAGAACUCUGGGUUUGCUGGUGAAGCGCCUGGAGAAGGGCGGGAAGGCCGAGCAGCAAGGCCUGUUCCAGGAGAACGACUGCAUCGUCCGUAUCAAUAACGGAGACCUGCGGAACAUCCGCUUCGAACAAGCCCAGAACAUGUUCCGUCAGGCCAUGCGCUCCCCGGUCAUCAUGUUCCACGUGGUGCCGUCGUCCAUGAAGACCCACUACGAGCAGCUGUCGCACGCCGAGCGGAACCCGGCGUUCGGCUCGGGCCGCUUCAGCCCCGACUCGGCGGCCGGCAGCUCGGCCUCCAGCAUGGAGCACGCGCCGCCGCCGCGGCCGCGGCCCGACGCCUACUCGCCGCUGCCACACCCGCUGGUCUCUGCCGCCAAGCCCCCCACGGGCCACGGCCAGUCGCCCCAGAGGGCCAACUCCACGCCCACGGCCGGCUACAGCAAGAAGGUGGGCCGGCGGCUCAGCGUCCAGCUGAAGAAAGAUAAAGAUGGACUCGGCUUCAGUAUCACAUCCCGGGACGUUCCCAUCGGCGGCUCUGCACCGAUCUACGUGAAGAACAUCCUGGCUCAUGGAGCUGCCAUCAAAGAUGGCCGCCUCAAGGCAGGAGACCGGCUGCUGGAGGUGAACGGAGUGGACCUGAACGGACGGACCCAGGAGGAGGUGGUGGCUCUGCUCCGGGCCACACCCAUGAACGGCGCCGUGGGGUUGCUGGUCCUACGCCAGGAGGACGCCUUCCUUCCCAGAGAAGUGAACGCAGAGCCUCAGAUGCAGAGCCCCAGAGAUUUGAAGAACGAGGAGGAUGACUUGGUUCUGACUCCAGACGGGACGCGAGAGUUCCUGACCUUUGAGAUCCCGCUCAGUGACUCGGGCUCAGCGGGUUUGGGCGUCAGCGUCAAAGGGAACCGGUCCAAGGAGAACCAUGCCGACCUGGGCAUCUUUGUCAAAUCCAUCAUCAACGGAGGAGCAGCCUGCAAGGACGGGCGUCUCAGAGUGAACGACCAGCUGAUCGCCGUCAACGGGGAGUCGCUGUUGGGAAAAACCAACCAAGACGCAAUGGAGACACUGCGCAAGUCCAUGUCGACGGAGGGCAACAAGCGCGGCAUGAUCCAGCUCAUCGUGGCCCGGCGGGUGGCCAAGCGAGGCGAGGAGACGCCCGGCAGCCCCCCGGGACCCCCGCAGACCCUGAGCAGCCCGCUGGACGACCACGAGCGCCGCAUCUCCCACUCGCUGUACGGCCUGGAGGGCCUGGACGACAACCUGAUGCCGCGGCAGGGCCUGAUGCCGCGCACCAUCGGAAACUACCAGCUGUCGCCCACCGUCAACAUGCCGCAGGACGACACGGUGAUCAUCGAGGACGACCGGCCGCCGCUGCUGCCGCCGCACCUCUCCGACCAGUCGUCCUCCAGCUCCCACGACGACGUGGGCUUCGCCGCCGACGUGCCGCCGGCGUGGGCCCAGGAGCUGCCCGGCCACAACGACAGCUCCUUGAGUCCAGACGACAACCCGGACAUCACGUUCCAGCGCGAGGGCUUCGGGCGUCAGAGCAUGUCGGAGAAACGCACCAAGCAGUUUGCAGACGCCGCUCAGCUGGAGAUCAUCAAGACGCGCAAGUCGAAGAGCAUGGAUCUAGUAGCCGACGAGAUUAACCUCACCCCUCGUCUCGAGACCGCCACAGGUUCCUCCACAAAGGAAGUGGGACCGUCCCUCGGUCUGAAGAAGUCCAGCUCCCUGGAGAGCCUCCAGACGGCGGUCGCCGAGGUGACGCUGAACGGGGACCUCCCCUUCCACAGACCCCGUCCCCGCAUCAUCCGGGGCCGGGGCUGCAACGAGAGCUUCAGAGCAGCCAUCGACAAGUCGUACGACCGUCCGGCCGCCACGGAGGAGGACGACGAGGGCAUGGAGACGCUGGAGGAGGACACGGAGGAGAGCUCCCGGUCGGGCAGAGACUCCGUGUCCACGAUGGCCGACCAGACGCCGCUGUCCGGCAGCGAGAAGCCCCUGGUCAACGGCACCAACCGCAGCAAAGAGGAGAAGAAGAAGGACAAAGACAAGGGAGGGAAGAAGAAGCAGCAGCAGCAGGACGGAGCCAAGGACAAAGACAAGGGCAAAGCCAAGAAGGGGAUGCUGAAGGGGCUCGGAGACAUGUUCAGGUUCGGGAAGCAUCGAAAGGACGAGCGUCCGGGGGAGAAGAUGGACCGCAAAGGCUCCAGCAAGUGGAAGCCGGACGAGACGCAGGUCUCGGAGGAGGAGGCGCUGAAGAUGAGGCUGGAGCAGGAGAGGAUCCAGGCUAAGACCCGCGAGCUGAGGGAGCGUCAGGCCCGCGAGCGCGACUACGCUGAGAUCCUGGACAUCGUUCCCACGGGGGAGCGCUCGUCUGAGGACGAGCACCCGUACGCCGGCAUCAACCUGCUCAACAGCUCUGUGGACAGCGGCCACAGCCGGCCCCACAGCCCGCGGGACGACUACCCGCCCCAGCACCAGCACCAGCACCAGAACCAGCUCCAGCACCAGAACCAGCUCCCAGACUCGCUCUACACCCAAGUCAGCAAGGCUCGCGCCGACCGCCCGCCGUCUGCAGAGAGUAACAGACUGGCUCCCAGCAACCACGACCGGAUACAGAGGCUGCGGCAGGAGUUCCAGCAGGCCCAGAGCGGCCCGGACGACGCCGACGACCGGCGCCGGACCUACAGCUUCGAGCAGCCCUGGUCCAGCGCCAGCAGCAACGGUCCGAGCGGCCACAGCCAGCCGGGCCGCCACUCGGUGUCGGUGGAGGUGCAGAUGCAGCGACAGAGGCAGGAGGAGAGAGACUCGUUCGCCCAGGCGCAGCGACAGUACAGCUCCCUGCCGCGGCAACCAAGGAAGAACCCCAGCACCGUCUCCCAGGAGUCCUGGGAGAAGGCGUACCCGCCCGGCGAGGGCUUCCAGACCGCCAAGGACAACCCCAGGUACUCCAGCUACCAGGGCUCCAGGAACGGGUACCCGGGCGUGGGCAGCGUCAACGCCAGGGUGCUGCUGGAGGCCCAGGAGCUGCUGAGGCAGGAGCAGCGGCGCAGGGAGCAGGAGGCCAAGGGCAAGCUGGUGCAGGAGAGCUACGAGGGCUACUCCACCGGACACUUGAAGGACCCGGCGUCGCCCAAGGGUCCCUUCCGCCAAGAUGUGCCGCCUUCGCCUUCGCAGCUAGCGAGGCUCAACAGACUGGGCUCGGAAAAAGGAAGGCCGUUUUAUUCCUGAGUGCCGUGGGACCGGAGGGGGAAGCAGGCGGUGCUGACGGAGGUCUGCUAGCUUAGCGCCGCUCUUAGCGGUGAGCGCUGUGUGGGUGUUUGUCGGUGACACUCCCUCCCACAGACACGGCGCUCGGUGCCUUCUCUGCUUCCACCAACGCCGGGACUGAUUCAUCCUCUGGCAGCGCCGCGGGCCGAGUGGGAGGGAGACGCAGGGGGACGUUUGUGACGCUGCCCGUCGCUCCGCGGUCGCGUCCCGCUUCAGUCAGCAAUCAGGUUCUGUGUCUCAGCGAGCAGAGACAACAAGUCAAGAGAAGCAGGGCCUGUCUGUGCGUGUGUAUUAAUAAAAGCCCCUCCCACAUAAAUUCAUACCGUGUUCACGGGGGAGGAGGCCGUGGUCCGUCUCCCCCCCCCCCCCCCCCCCCCCUCUGGGUCGGACUGUGGCCCCUCUGUCUGCCUGGAACCCGUUUCCAUCCUCCUCUGUUCAUUAUGCUCCUUUCUUCUACCUCAACACCUUCAUUCUCUGGGCCUCUGCUCGCCCCCCCUCCCUCCCCCCCCCCAGACUUCCUCCUGCUACCCACUGCCACCCUCCUCCUCAUCUCCAGAGUCGGGCUCUGCACUGAAUUUUUCAUCACGAGCCACCUGCUGCCUGCUGGAGCCAAAGCGCGGCUGCCACCAGAGGCUGCGCCGGGCCCGGUUCUGACAUCCAGAGCAAUAAAAGCAGAAAACGAUGAGAAGGGUGACAAUGAGCUUUUCCUCCGUCUUUGACUAAAGGCUAAAUUGUUCCUAGGAGUUAAUGGCUUUCAUUCGGUGUAAUUGCUUCCUGUAUUUUUAGACGCUUUCCGAUGAUCUCGCUUUAAAGGACACAGUCGGAGUUGAACUCCUGACGUGUGUAGCUUGAAUGAAAUGAGAGCACGAUGCAUCGUGUUUGGUUCUAGCUCAGCCUCUCUCCCAGCGGUGGGUGAUUCGGCCAGACGUCAGCCCUACCAAGCUUUUUCCCAAAGACAUCCAGCGCUAGUUUUAUAUUUGAUCCGGUUCUGGACUCUGACGGAUCUGGUUCUCCCCUGGCUUCACUUUCAUUCCACACGUCUUCAUGCUAAAUGAACAAACCCGCUGCGGUUGUUGGGCCGGGUCACGGUCACGUCUUUCUCCUGCAAAUCAACAGCUCCUCAGUUUUUCAGGACCCAACUGAGACCAUGCAACAUGGAAGGUAGUGGUAGCUUCCUGGACCUGCAGGGAUGAGCUCCUGUGAUUGGACGUGAUUGGCCAAUCACGUUCAAGCAUUAAAUCCUCUCUGCACAUGCUCCAUUUAUUUGAGCCUCUAGUUUUAUCCAAUCACAUCCGCUCCCUGCGGGUUCUUUCACAGAUCCUGGACAAAUGAAAUCAUUCUGUAAUUUGGAUGAACUCACCCUUUAAACCAGUGAAGUUCUGAUUACAGCCACGCCGGCCCAGCUCUCGCUGUGGGUGUAAUUAUGAUCCGAGGGAAUUUGCAUUUUCACUCCAAUCAGUUUCUGCAGCUGCUGAUUGGUGUGUUGUUUUUUAUGGCUCAGAGAGGAGGAACUAAUCAGCGAAAGCAGCUGCUGCAGCCGUAGGUCGCAGAGACCUUGGUGCUGAUGACACUGAGGCAGCAGCAGGUGGAGACGGACCCUCGCUUGGACUUUAAUGAAGACCAUGAGAUGAAGAAUGAAGCACGAACCUGAGUCGACGCCCGACGGACCCGCCCCCAUCGAACCUGUUACCAAAUAAACCAACUCGAUGCUGUGAACGCGUUUAGAAGGAUGCAUUCGUCCUCUUUGCUUCUGACGUUAAGUGCCUGAGAAAACAAGUGAAAUCUUUUCUGUAGAUUCUUUGCUUUUUUCUGGAUCUCGUUCUGGGUUUUCUCCUUCCUGAACCGGUUUUAAUUGAUGUUUUAGUAUUUGUACCUGUUGACAUUGCCUUCAACCACGCUGAACCAUGAUGUGUUUAAAGAGAAAUGGAAGCUGAUGGAAGAUGAUGUGCAAUUGUUUAGUUUUGUUUUAUCAGAAAACUUUUACAUAUAAUAAAAAUGUCCGCAGCCGCUUUUUUCUGUACAUAUCAAGUUUCAAAUAAACAGAAGGCUGUUCCACCAUUUA